AUGUCUGCUGCUACUAAACCUGUCGAGACGACCACCCCAGCACCCCCCGCUCCCCCAGCUAAACCCAUCGUCCAGGACCCCAACGUCACAAGGAUCCUCGGGGGUAUCUACCUGGGCGGCAUCCAACCCAUCAUAGACCACACCCCACUCCAGGUUCAAUUCCAAAUCACCCACAUCCUCUCAGUCAUCAAAUUCCAAAUCAUCCCAGAGUACCUCGUCCGCAAGGGGUACACCCUCAAGAACAUCCCGAUCGAUGACGACGACACCACCGACAUCCUGCAAUACAUCAACGAGACAAACAGCUUCAUCGACGGGGCCCUCUUCCCGAACCAACCCAACUACGACCCUCGUGAAGUGAACUUCAAGAAGAUCAAACAGGCCGCAGGGUCCGCCGUCUAUGUGCAUUGUCACGCUGGGGUCUCACGUUCCACCACCUUCGUCAUCGCUUACCUCAUGUAUAGAUUCGGUCUUUCUUUGAAACAGGCCCUGUAUGCCUGUAAGAGACGGAAAAGUAAUGUGGAACCCAAUGUCAAUUUCUUGGAACAAUUAGCCAUUUUUGAACAGAUGGGCGGCCAGUACGUCGAUCCGGAAAAUCAAUUGUACAAGACCUGGAAAUUGACCAACUCGAUCAAAUUGGACCCCACCGGGGACCACAUCUUGCAUGAUGAUGCCAUUUUCAAGAAGUCCGAGGAUGAAGUGAAGGAUUUGUCUAGGAUGAGUGAAGAGCAAUUGAGCCAGGUGACCACCGUGAGAUGUAAGAAGUGUAGAACACAAUUGGCAUUGUCUACAUCCUUCAUCCCACAUGAUCCACCAAGUAAGGAGUCCACAGAGGGACAUUUCAUUAGAAGAGCCGCAGGGUCUCAUAGAAUUAUUGACAUUCAAGAAUCACAAUCUCAAUGUUCUCAUUUCUUCGUGGAACCAUUGAAUUGGAUGAAGGAGGAAUUGAGGGGCAAACAAGAAUUGGAGGGCAAAUUUUCUUGCCCUGGUUGUAAUAGUAAAGUUGGUGGCUAUAAUUGGAAGGGUUCUAGAUGCUCUUGUGGGAAAUGGGUCAUCCCUGCUAUUCAUUUGCAAAGUAAUAAAGUUGAUCAGUUCCCCUUGAAUCAAAGAGCUUUGCCCAAUAUGGUCCAAUUUAAACCAAAUCAUUAA